AAGGCUAAAAUUGGGGAGCUAUCGUCGUCUACCCAAAUCCCCGAAACCCUUGGCCGAGGAAAGGCAUCGACGGGAGUGGCGUCGGGUGAAGCAGAAGAGAAGCUCGGUAGAGAAGCGUAGACGGAGAAUAAGUGAAAGCCCUAAAAGGCUGUAGAUCCGACGACUAAGGAUUUUGCAAAUACCCUCAAAUCUCGAAGCGGAGGGGGUUGCGGGAUGGCUCGGCACAGAGAAGACGAAUACGAAGAGGAGGAGGACGAUGAAGAGUUAGAUGAAGAAGAGGAUGACGACUACAGAAGGAGCACAGGCGGGAGGAAGCGAGGCAGGUCCGAUUUCAUUGACGAUGCAGCCAUAGAGGACGACGAUGAGGAGGAAUACAGAGAUGAAGAGGACGAGGAUGAGGAGCUAUACGGCGGUCGGAAGAGAGGCUCUGAGUUCUUCGAUCUUGAGGCCCAGGUUGAUAGUGCUGACGAGGAAGAAGAAGACGAGGAUGCUGAAGAUGAUUUUAUUAAUGAUGCUGGAGCUGACUUACCCGAUGAAAGUGGUGGUAGAAGACCACAUCGUCCAUUAAAUAUGAUGCCAGAGGAUCAGGAGGAUGUUGAAGAGAUGGAAAGGCAAGUUUAUGAAAGAUAUGCAAAAUCAAGUCACAUUGAAUAUGGUGAGGAUGCCACAGAGGUUGAACAACAAGCUCUACUCCCGUCAGUGAAGGACCCCAAGUUGUGGAUGGUGAAAUGUGCUAUUGGUCGAGAGCGUGAAACUGCAAUAUGCCUCAUGCAAAAAUUUAUAGACAGACCUGAACUGCAGAUUAGAUCAGUGGUUGCAUUGGACCAUCUUAAAAAUUAUAUAUAUGUUGAAGCUGAAAAAGAAGCCCAUGUGAAAGAGGCUUGUAAGGGUUUGCGUACCAUAUAUAGCUCGGCUAAGGUGAUGCUAGUUCCUAUCAAAGAAAUGACAGAUGUUCUUUCUGUUGAAAGCAAAACCAUUGAAAUUUCUAGGGACACAUGGGUUAGGAUGAAACUUGGAAUUUAUAAAGGAGACCUUGCCAAGGUUGUUGAUGUGGAUAAUGUACGACAGAAAGUAACAGUAAAGCUAAUUCCAAGAAUUGAUUUACAGCAUCUUGCUAAUAAGUUGGAAAAUAGAGACGUGGUUAAAAAGAAGGCAUUUGUUCCUCCACCUCGUUUUUUCAACAUUGAUGAAGCUAGGGAGAUGCAUAUCCGUGUGGAGCGCAGGAGGGACAAAGAUACUGGGGAAUAUUUUGAAAUGGUUGAAAAUAUGAUGUUCAAAGAUGGUUUUCUUUAUAAAACAGUGUCUAUGAAAUCAAUCCGCUCUCAGAAUAUACAACCAACUUUCGAUGAACUUGAGAAAUUCCGAAAACCUGGUGGUGACGGUGAUGGUGAUGGCGAUGCUGAUAUGGCUAGUUUAUCAACUUUAAUUUCAAAUAGAAAGAAAGGUCAUUUCAUGAAAGGAGAUGCGGUUGUAGUUGUACGGGGAGAUUUAAAAAAUUUGAAAGGCUGGGUUGAAAAAGUUGAAGAAGAAACUGUUCAUAUCAAGCCUGAGAUUGCUGGCUUACCUGAAGCUUUGGCUUUCAAUGAGAAGGAACUCUGCAAAUAUUUUAAAUUAGGAGAUCAUGUGAAAGUGGUCUCUGGAGUACAAGAAGGUGCAACUGGUAUGGUUGUGAAGGUUGAUGGCCAUGUACUGAUAAUUGCAUCAGAUACCACAAAAGAAGAUAUCCGCGUUUUUGCAGAUAACGUUGUUAAGAGCUCUGAAGUUACCUCUGGAAUCACAAAAAUGGGGGAUUAUGAGCUGCAAGAUCUCGUUCUUCUUUUCAACAUGUCCUUUGGUGUGAUAAUAAGAGUGGAGAGUGAAGCUUUUCAGGUUCUCAAGGGAGUUCCAGAUAGACCAGAAGUUGUACUUGUUAGGUUGAGGGAAAUAAAGAGUAAACUUGAGAAACGUACCAAUGCACAAGAUAAUAGAAAAAAUAUAGUCUCUGUGAAGGAUAUUGUUAGGGUCCUUGAGGGGCCAUGUAAGGGGAAGCAAGGUCCCGUUCAACACAUUCAUAGAGGAAUCCUGUUUAUUCAUGAUCGGCAUCACCUUGAGCAUGCAGGCUUUAUUUGUGUGAAAGCACAAUCAUGUAUUGUUAUCGGUGGAAACAAUGAUAAACGCAGUGGUGAUAAAUUUGAUGCAAGAUUUGGUUUGAGACCUUCAUCUCCUUACCUUCAAUCUCCAAGAAGGCCACCGAGAGGACCAACAGAUCGUGGUGGAAGGCUUAAUAGGGGUGGUGGACGAGGACACGAUGCUUUAGUUGGAAGAACUAUUAAAAUACGUUCAGGGCCUUUUAAGGGAUAUCGUGGUCGUGUUGUGGAGGUCAGUGGUACUUUUGUUCGCAUUGAAUUGGAUUCACAAAUGAAGAUAGUUGCAGUCAAAAGGGAUGAUAUCUCAGACACACCAGGUUCUGCAACCCCAUUCCGCGAACCUUCUCGAUAUGGUUUUGGAAGUGAGACACCCAUGCAUCCAUCUCGAACUCCACUUCACCCAUAUCAAACUCCUAUGAGAGAUGCUGGAGCAACUCCCAUCCAUGAAGGCAUGAGGACACCUAUGCGUAGCCGAGCAUGGGCUCCCAUGAGUCCUCCAAGAGAUCAUUGGGAAGAUGCAAAUCCUGCUUCUUGGGGCGGUACUCCACAAUAUCAGCCUGGAACCCCUGCUCGGUCAUAUGAAGCACCGACUCCAGGAUCUGGUUGGGCCAAUACUCCAGGGGGUAAUUACAGCGAUGCUGGAACUCCCGGAGAAAGUAGCCCUACAUAUGGAAAUGCGCCAAGCCCUUAUCUUCCAUCCACUCCAGGCAUGCAACCAAUGACACCUAAUUCUGCCAAUUAUCUUCCUGGAACUCCAGGAGGGCAGCCGAUGACUCCAGGAAACAUUGGACUGGAUAUUUUGUCACCCGCAAUGGCAGGCGGUGACAAUGAAGGAAAUUGGUUCUUUCCUGAUGUUCUUGUUAAUGUCAUGAGGCCAGGAGAAGGUCCCUGUAUAGCAAUCGUCCGGGAGGUGUUGAUGGAUGGCUCUUGUAAAGUUGCUCUUGGUUCAACCGGGGAUGGGGAUAUAAUCACCGCCCAUCCGGCAGAUGUGGAGGCCGUGAGGCCUAGGAAGUUUGAUAAAAUAAAGAUAAUGAAUGGGGCGCUGCGCGGAAUAACCGGAAAGCUUAUUGGGAUUGAUGGCGCUGAUGGUAUAGUAAAGAUGGAUGACACGUUUGAUGUUAAGAUAUUAGACAUGAACAUAUUAGCAAAAUUGGCUGUACAAUGAAGGAUUUAGGGAGAGAGAUUUGAUUCUUUAAUGUUGGUAAGACAUGAAGGUUAGCACUGUCAAGGCCAUGCAUGGUACUACAUAUUUCUCGCUGAGGGAAGGCUCGAUGUGCAUUGAACUUCUAGAGUAUUGUUAUUAUAGUGCUUUCCCCUUGAAAUUUUGUGUUAUUGCAUGUAUGGCAUUAGAAGAAAUUUAUGAAAAUUUGUAAGAGUAUAAAUAUUGUCCAAAAUAAGGAAGAAGUUUGUUUUAACAUUUUAAGAGGUUUGCUGAGUUACAGUGAUUGCAUUGUAUCUAAAAUUAGAAGCUCUGAAUCCCAGUGAUUGAUGGCAAUCCUAAAUCUUGCUGGAGCGAAGUCUCACUUUGUACGGAUGUUAA